AUGACGGAGGAGGGGACAGAGUGGUUGAUAGAUCUGUUAACAGACGUUCAGCUGCAGCAGUACUUCCUGCGUGUCCGUGACGAGUUGAACGUGACCCGCCUGUCACACUUCGACUACGUCAAGAAUGAAGACCUGGAGAAGAUUGGCAUGGGGAGGCCAGGACAGAGGAGGCUUUGGGAGGCAGUCAAGAGGAGGAGAGCUCUCUGUAAACGCAAAUCCUGGAUGAGCAAGGUAUUUCCAGGGAAAAGACCUGACUCUGACUCCGACCCACAGCAGCCCCGGGGGGCAUCGCCCACCUUGAUGACUCCAGGUGUGUGGCCGUCGUCGGGGGCAGCCCUGACCUGUCUGAUCCGGGAGGCAGAGCUUCAGCUGUGUGAACGACUGGGAGACGGGACCUUUGGAGUCGUCAGGAGAGGAGAGUGGACCGGACCGACUGGACAAGUGCUGUCAGUAGCAGUGAAGUGUCUGAAGACAGACAGUGUGUUGGACACUGAGGGGUUGGAUGAUUUCAUCAGAGAGGUGAACGCCAUGCACUCCCUCAACCACCAGAACCUCAUACGGCUCUACGGAGUGGUGCUCACUCACCCCAUGAAGAUGGUGACAGAGCUGGCUCCUCUUGGUUCUCUGUUGGAUCGUCUGAGGAAGCGACAGGGACACAUCCUCAUCUCCUCUCUGUGUGGCUACGCUGUACAGGUGGCGUGUGGCAUGGCAUAUCUAGAACAGAGGCGGUUCCUCCACAGAGACCUGGCUGCAAGGAACGUCUUGCUGUCGACCAAUGAAAUGGUGAAGAUCGGUGACUUUGGCCUGAUGAGGGCGCUGCCGUCACACCAGGAUACAUACGUGAUGGAGGAGAGUCACAAGGUGCCCUUCGCAUGGUGCGCUCCAGAGUCAUUGAGGAGCAGAAGUUUCUCUCAUGCUUCAGACACCUGGAUGUUUGGAGUCACUCUGUGGGAGAUGUUUACACACGGACAGGAGCCAUGGCUAGGACUCAAUGGCAGCCAGAUUCUCCAUAAGGUGGAUGUGGAGGGGGAGAGGCUGGUGAAGCCAGAAGACUGUCCCCAGGAUGUUUACAACAUGAUGCUGCAGACCUGGAGCCCUCAGCCUGAUGACAGACCAACAUUCACCGCCGUCAGAGACUUUCUAUUGGAGACCAUGCCUACAGACAUGAAAGCGCUGCAGGACUUUGAGGAACCGGACAAACUCCAGAUCAUCAUUAAUGACAUCAUCACCAUCAUCGAGGGCAGAGCAGAACUCUAUUGGUGGAGAGGUCAGAACAGAAGGACGUUGCGCGUGGGACAGUUUCCUCGCCACGUGGUCACGUCGGUCAGCGGCCUGUCGGCCCAAGACAUCAGCAGACCCCUCACACACUCCUUCAUUCACACUGGACACGGAGACACUGACCCACACAGGAGCUGGGGGCACGCUGACCGCAUAGACAGCUUGUACUUGGGAAACCCCAUGGACCCCCCUGAUGUUAUGGGUAUGGAUCCUUCCACUGCCCGGCCCACCAAACUACCCAACCGCACCAGGAAGCCGUUCUAUGACUCUGUGUUAGAUGAUGAUGAUGAAUAUGAAGGUGCUUCGUCGGGGCUGAAAAAACUGGGUGUGGCUAUGGGCCUUAAACUCCGCCCGUGGGAGGGGCCAGGUGUAAGGUCAGCCAAAAGCGAGGUGUCGCUCAUCGACUUCACCGAUGACAGCUUUAGCUCGGCCACGCCCUCCCCUCUAACUGAGACAUGCCUACCUGACCAGGACACACUCAAGGACCUUCCUUCCAUCCUAGACUGGCCCCUCCCUCUUCCUGCCUAUGAUGAGGUUGCCACUGAGGCUGAGGGCCAAUUGGCAGACAUGGAGGUUCGAUCUAUCACUGGGUUGGCUGAGGGGAUUUUGGCUCCGCCCAGCACUGAUGCAGAGUGGAGGGGCUUAACACAGUCAGCUGAUCUGUUCCAGGAGCUGCAGAGAGAGGUACGGCACACACACACACACACCCUGCAGGUGAUGGUGAAACUGCGUGUUCCCAUGACAGCCGGCCGUUCCCUCCCCUCCUCCCCCCUCCCCCUCUCCCUGGCCCCCCCGGCCCCUCACAGACAGAUCUACCUUCCUCCCCCCUCCUCCUCUUCUUCCUAUGAGGACAGACCCAUGCUACCUCCACGCUCCCCCAUCCCACCCCUCCGCUCCUCCAAACACAUUUCCCUAGGUGAGAGGGAUGACACGCCCCCUCAGAUCCCUCCCAGAGACCACGCCUUUUCUCAACCCUCCUCACGCUCCGCCUCCCCCCUUCCUUUAGUUCCUCCCCUCUCUGUCUCCCCUCUCUCCUCCUCCCCCCUUUGUCUCCCCCCCCCUCCCCUCUCCGUCUCCCCUCGUCAGAGGACAGGGCUGUAUGGUGUUGUUGGUCCUCUCGGCUCUCUAGUCUCCUCCUCCCCCUCUUCCUCUCCUCCCUCCUCCCUCUAUUCCUCCAGGCUCACUGCUGCCCCUCCUCCCAGCGCUUCAUUGGAUCCCCUUAUUGACAGCUCUCAGAGUUCUGAACGCCCCGCCUACCUGGAGAGAUAUGGAGCUGCCAAAAUGGCCACUGUCCGACCCAUGAUGAAACAGCAACCAGGCGGGGGUGGGGCAAGGCCUAACACCUCUUUCAACAACAACAACCACAGGACUCAACAUUUAACUACAGCUCCCAGCAGGCAACGGGAGAACAGCCUCAUUCAGGUGCAGGGGGCAGUGCAUGGUGUGACAGCAGAGGAGUGUGAAGUGGCUCUGGAGACUCACAGCUGGAACAUCCCUCAGGCAAUAUGCCAACUAAAGGUAGAACAGUUGUUUCGCCUGGGUCUGCGUUCUAGAUCAGAGUGCCAGGUGGUUCUAGAGCGUUGCCAGUGGAACCUAGAACAGGCAAGCAUCCUGCUUCUGGACUCUUAUGGGAAAGUAGGCUGAGACAGACUCCAGAACUACUGACCUUUAACCCCACAGACCUAAACCUACAGACAGGAAACCACAGGCAUUCCCCUAUAAUUACAGACAUUUAACCCUACAGACCUAAACCUACAGACGGGAAACUACCGACAUUACCCUAUAAUUACAGACCUUUAACCACAGACCUAAACCUACAAACUGGAAACUACAGACAUUUCCCUGUAAUUACAGACAUUUAACCCUACAGACAUAAACCUACAGACAGGAAGCUACAGACAUUUUCCUAUAAUUGCAGACCUUUAACCACAGACCUAAACCUACAGACCGGAAACUACAGUCAUCUCCCUAUAAUUACAGACCUUUAACCACAGACCUAAACCUACAGACCGGAAACUACAGUCAUCUCCCUAUAAUUACAGACCUUUAACCACAGACCUAAACCUACAGACAGGCAACUACAGUCAUCUCCCUAUAAUUACAGACCUUUAACCACAGACCUAAACCUACAGACAGGCAACUACAGUCAUCUCCCUAUAAUUACAGACCUUUAACCACAGACCUAAACCUACAGACAGGCAACUACAGUCAUCUCCCUAUAAUUACAGACAUUUAACCCAACAGACCUAAACCUACAGACCGGAAACUACAGUCAUCUCCCUAUAAUUACAGACCUUUAACCACAGACCUAAACCUACAGACAGGCAACUACAGCCAUCUCCCUAUAAUUACAGACCUUUAACCACAGACCUAAACCUACAGACAGGCAACUACAGUCAUCUCCCUAUAAUUACAGACAUUUAACCCUACAGACCUAAACCUACAGACCGGAAACUACAGUCAUCUCCCUAUAAUUACAGACCUUUAACCACAGACCUAAACCUACAGACAGGCAACUACAGUCAUCUCCCUAUAAUUACAGACCUUUAACCACAGACCUAAACCUACAGACAGGCAACUACAGUCAUCUCCCUAUAAUUACAGACCUUUAACCACAGACCUAAACCUACAGACAGGCAACUACAAUCAUCUCCCUAUAAUUACAGACCUUUAACCACAGACCUAAACCUACAGACCUAAACCUACAGACCAGCCCAGCUGUGUACUAGAGAACUCUGACAAUCAGGUGAAGCUAGUAACGUUAGCUGACUGAGGGCGUGCCAUAGAAAUAUACUUCAUAGAACAGACAUGGCUGAGUCCUACGAAGGGAAACACUGGACAAGCACACGACUGCAUGCUCAGUAGUUAAGUUAUUAUAUAGUUAUAUUAUUUAGUUAUUAAUCAUAUAUAUAUAUAUCAUUGUUAGUAUUACACAGUCGCUCACAGGGUCAAAUAUGAAGUCUGAAUAUUUAUUGUUUGGAUGUCUAGGGAUUAUUUAUGUUGCUGUAAUGACUUCAUGCGUGUGUGUGUGUGUGUGUGUGUGUGUGUGUGUGUGUGUGUGUAAAUACCUGCUGUAAAUGCUGCCGAUUGUACUGGUGAUGAUCUGCUGUGAUCAGGGAUAUAAACCACAUUCUGCUGUACCGGUAGCACUUUACAUGACUUCAACACUGAGUCCACAUGUAUUGUCCUGCACGGAUGUAACGUGUCAUUGUAAAGUAGGAUGAUGUUGUAUUGUAGAUAAUGUACUAUUGUAAUGUUAAUAUUACAUGUGUGUGUGUGUGUGUGUGUGUGUGUGUGUGUGUGCGUGCAUGGGUGUGAGAGUGUGUGUGUGCGUGUGCGUGCGUGCGUGCUGGCUCUUGCUGGUAGUGCUAUAAACUUAUGGUAGUAAUAUU